AAAAAAAUAUUAAUAUGAUUUUUCAUUUCAGUACAUGCGGCGCCAUCAAUUGAAGCAUGUCCACCAGACAGUAUUUUAUCGGAUAACACUUGCAUAUGCAACAUGGAUUCCUGCGUGAAGCCCCCUUGUCUAUCGGAUUUGGAAAUAGUAACUAGUGGUGAUGAAAAGCCCGGAUCCUGUUGUCCUCUUUAUUCAUGUCAAGGCUGCAAGAACGAAUCACUAAUCAACGGGAAGUGUCCUUGUGCUCCCGGGGCAGUGAUCAAUGAAAGAGGUAUUUGUGAAUGUGUGGAAAAGGAACUGCAUCUUGUUAAUGGCGAAUGCGUUUGCAAUCCUCAACAAUGUGAACUUCCACAUGUUUGUGGAAAGAAGCAUGUUUUAACAACGAUAGAGGACGGUUGCUGCCGAAAAACACGAUGCUUGCCAUGUCCCGAUGACAGUGAAUCGACGAAUCUUGACAGCGAUAGCAUCGAAGACCACUGCGUUUGUCUUCCUUGCAAGAAUUAUUGCGAUCAUAACAAGACUAUAGUGGUGAAGAAGAAAGGCACCAAUUUCCCAGGCAACUGUUGCGACCUCUAUGAAUGUAAACUGUUGGACAAAACAGAAAAAAAUUGUGUGGUGGGUGAUAUUAUCUACGCUGAUGGUGAAACCUGGUCUACCGCAGAUAAACAAGAGUGCAGAUGUCAAAACGCCCUAUCGCUAUGCACUACGCGAGACGACACUAAGAACUGUAUAUAUGAUGGUAUUAUGAAACAACACAACACCACUUGGAGAACAGAUAACGAUUGCACAGAGUGCACCUGCUUGAACGGCGAUAUCAAUUGCAUUUCCCAUUUCUGUGAAACUAAAGAGGCCAAGAUCAAAGAGAGCACCCCUACGUCUUGUACACGGAACGACAACAUAUACGAACAUUUGAAGAUAUGGAUCGACGAAAGAGAUAAUUGUACUGUAUGCCAGUGUUUCAAUGGCGUUGAACAGUGUAACUCGACCAACUGUGCCAUAAAAGAAACACCGGAAGUACACGAAUGCCGUCCAUUAUCAGAUUGCAACAAGCAAUGUCCCAAUGGUUUUAGACUGAAUAGAAGAGGUUGCGAAAUCUGUAAAUGUAAUCCGACCAGGGUUGGUCAAGAGUUACUCAGCAAAUAUAAUAUUAGCAUGAACGAUCUGAUCCAUAUCUUAAACGAUUACGUUAGAGAAAAAAUCGAUUCUGAAGAAACAAAUACUACCUCGACAAGCACGACGACCACAACUACUCCUCCGUCCAUUUUAACUAUUCUGAAGAACGAUGAAGGUAUUCUUGACAAAUCAGCCAGUGAUACUACCAUUAAGCCAACAUGUUUUUCAGAAAAUGAUAAUUCUAGCUGGAUAGUACCAGUUGCAGUUAUUGUGAUUGUUGUAAUUGCGAUCACGACUGUUUACAUAUGCUACAAGAGCAAAAGAAGACAAAGUAUGGACAUAACUCCUUUCAGAGGCAAAUACCACACCGUCAAUCUCAUGGACAACAACAACACCAUCAAAAAAAGCUCUAUUGGUUAUUAAAAAACUCAAAUGCUAUUAUUGUGAUAUUUUAACUGUAUUUUAAAAGCUGCAUCGCAGAAUAAUGUUUUAAAUAUACAUAUUAAUAAUAAUCUUUAGUAGAUAGAUGACUACAUCAGAACAUAACACAUAGACGAUAAAAAUAUUUGUGCUUUUUAUAUUAUGCCUAUGGUAUUUUUAAUAUGCAAUAUUUAAAAAAAAUUCUCGGAAAAGGAAGUUCUAGAAAAGGAUAAGUAUUAAUAUAAAGGAUCUAAACUGUGUAAAGAAAAAAAUGUCUAUGAAGUACUCGCCUACAUGUUACGAGAGUAUUACCAAACAAAGAUUAAUUUAACUAUUAUUAUCACCAUUUUUUUCUCUUAUUAUUUUAUAAUAAUAAUGAUGCAAAAAUUGACUUAACAGUUAUUGUUUAUAUCCUAAAUCGGUAGGCAGGGUUAAUAUAAUUUAAAAUGAAUAUCAAAAUGUAAAUGAGUAACCGAUUUUUUUAAUAGUUUAUAAAGUUAGCCUUAUUUUGUUUGAUCACAAAAGAUUUAUAAAAAGAAAUUAUAAAGAAAUUCGGUUCUGUAAAAACAAAGAAAACAUGACAUUAAUUUCAUUUCGAUCUCAAAAUUAUCAAAAUGUAUAUUGCUUAGUAUUAAUUACAGUAGAUUUAGUAAACCUAAUUUUAGUUGAAGAAAAAGUAACCCUGUAAUUUAAGGCUAAACAGUUAUAUCAUAAUUUCGAUAUCAAUUUGAAUUUGAAACAUAAAUCACUCUAAAAAAGUAAAACUGUAUGCAAAAUAGAGUUUCUGUAGAUUGUUCCUAUCACUAAGACUUCGACUUUACUUUAAAUAUUUAUUUUUGUUAGUUUAAGUUCAUUUUUGUUUAACUCCAACAAUCAAUGCACCGUCUUGAAUGAGUGUCUAAAGGCAAAUUAUAUUUUUUAUAGAGUAAUAAGACUAGUAUUACAGAGUUUUGUGGAAAUAAAUAAGAAUAAACCGGUAUUCUAUAGUUAAUUAUUUAUAUUUGCAGAUACAGACAUCUAUUUAUAUUACAACAGAGCAACCACCUGAAUCGCCAGCGGGAAAUUGAAAUUCCAGUUAGUCAGCUCGGCGUCGAAUAUAUCCAUGGUUGGCAACAAUGAAUUAAUCGCGCCCUCGAUGACGUAACUAAACGUUUCUUUGGUAUCGCUUAUAGUUAUCAUAAUGGGCAAUAAUUUUAAAAUAAAUUUACACAAUUAUUAAGUAAUAAAUAUGCACAUCACUAUGUGAAUUACACUUUUAAAUUAAAAAAAAACUGUGUCUAGCCCCAGCAAGGCAACUAUUAAGCUUUGGUUAGCGUGGUUAUUUGGAGGGUGUUAAUUCAUUGGUUAGUUGGUUAUUUGGUGGAGUUAUUGUUGGUUUUUACUAAUUUAUAUUUGUUUUUUAGAUAUUCACUGAUUUUCUUUAUUUGUUUGUAAUAAAUUAUAUAGUAAGCCACAGCUGUUCUGCAUCCGCUUUUGUCAAAAACUCUAACGUGAUUGGUCAAGCUUAAUAGUUGCCUUGCUGGGGCUAGACACAAGUGUAAAAAUAUAUAUUAUAAUAGUGGCUUAUGGAAAAAAAAUGGCUAGAAUCUUUUCAUGUAAUUUUAUUUGCAAUUGUUACUCUCGUGCCAGAAUAUUAACGCUGAGAAUAUUCGAGGUAGUAAAGUUAUUUUAGAAAAAUAUGUCUCUUAAUUAUAUUAGAGUUAAUAAUUACAUCGCCGCUUAUUCAAUACAUACCUGAUAUCUGAUAUCCUAUACAUAUUUUGUCGUCGUCUUUACCUGCCAUCAGAAUGUAAAACAGUCGAAAAUACUGAGCUGUUGUUAUAGCAAGUCAUACCGUGCUGGCAACUGUUACUUUUGGGUCGGUAUUUACAUGUGUGGAAGCAAAUCGGCAUAGGGAACUUAUUAAGUUGAAGUGAGAGAAAUACGACGGUGUUGCGGCCUUGCCGGUACGCCUUUCCCUAUCAAGUAAAGUAAAAUCACGAUCGCAAACCGCUUAUUUUUAAAAGACUUUUUUUUGAAAAGAUAACUAGAUAA